ACCCGCAGGGCGCACGAGCGCUGCGCGCAGCCAUGAGCUGCCUGGAGGUCAUGUACCAGGUCUACGGCACCCCGCAGCCCUACUUCGCCGCCGCCUACGCCCCCUACCACCAGCAGAAGCUAGCCUAUUACUCCAAAAUGCAGGAAGCCCCAGAGUGCACCACCAGCCCCAGCAGCAGCGGCAGCGGCAGCUCCUCGUUUUCCAGCCCAACAGCAAUGGCUAGCAUAAAAGAGGAGGAAGGCAGCUCAGAGAAAGAGCGCCCACCCGAGGCCGAGUACAUCAACUCCCGCUGCGUCCUCUUCACCUACUUUCAGGGGGACAUCAGUUCCGUGGUAGACGAGCAUUUCAGCAGGGCCUUGAGCCAGCCCAGCAGCUACACCCCAAGCUGUGCCAGCAAGACACCCAGGAGCUCCGGGCCCUGGAGAGACGGGCCCUGCCCGAUGAGCCAGCGCGGCCUCCCCGCGUCCUUCUGGGGCGGCGCGUACCCGGCGACCCCGCUUGGCGCCCCGCUCGCCGCACCCCCGGAGCUGCCCUUCGCUGCCGACCCCUACGCGCCCACCAGCGGUACCGAGGCCUGGGCCCCGCACGCGCCCUACGCGCUGGGCGCAGCGGUGCACGAAGUCUACGCCCCGCGCCUGGACGCGCGCUUCGGGCCGCUGCUGAUGCCCGCGGGUCCCGCGCGCCCCCGCCUCGGCCCUGCGCCCCGCGGCCCGGCCUGCGGGCGCCCCUCUAGGCCUGAGCCGCCCGCCGGAGCCUGGGCCACGCCCCCCGCGCCCUUCGGGGGCCCACCUGGGGACACUGGCCUGGGCCUGGGCGCUGAUGCAGGUUUGCAGCUUCAGGACAAAAGCAAGGAUCUGUACUGGUUUUAGACAGCCCACCUUCUCCCCUAGGUGUCUGCACAUGGUGGCCCCAGAGUGAAGUGGAGUGGGUUUGUAACGGCUUCUGAUCUUGGUUUGCAGCUCGGCGCUACUCCCUCUGUGGUGCACCCCUUCUGAGCUGAUCGCUGACCAGGUCCCCUUCCCCUCCCCUUCUGACCAGCCGCGGAGGCUCCGGGAAGGCAGAGACUUCCAACUUCUCAGUGUACUGGGAAAACCAAAAACCACAUGUACAGAAAUGUCAUCCAGAAUUAAUCUCUUCUGCCAGACCUAGAGACUCUGUGCUAUGUUUAAUGACUUUGGCCAAAUCACUGGAUAUAUCUGCGGUGAAGUUGCUUAGGCGGGUGAUAUGAUAGCGUAAGAUUUCUUGGAAUGGGGGAAAGCAAAAAAGACCUUUUGGUAUGAAUAUUUUUAUGCUGAUGUGAAGUGUUUCAUUGCGUAGUGUGGUCACAGCACUCCUGAUAUCAGUAUCCUCAAAGUCAGUGUCUGCAACACUGGCAGAGAAAUGCGAAGCCACUUCCUCCUCAGGCACAGCCUCCACCUCACAACACCCACUUCAGACAGAAAGUCAGACUUUUUCCUCAGACUGCAGAUGCCUCAGCCUCAGUGUGAGUGGCAGAGGGCUGAUUUGGAGCCACCUGCCCAAGUCUUACUGAAAUGCAGCUGUUCUCGGACAACUGUUGAAAACUCCAGAAAUACAUCAACCAAGGUGGCACUUCCAGUAUGUGGCAGGACAAUUGCAGUUGCACCGGAUAUAUUAUAUAUAUGUACAUAGAUCAUCUUUUUUAUAAGGCACAUUUUAUGAUGAAAGAAGAAACUCUACUCUGCCUUCUCUCCCGCAAAUCCUGGCCCUCCUCUCUCCUCUGGAUGAAAGAGCACACAGGAGACCCAGCUGUCUUCCCAGAGAGGACUGGGAAUUGCCAAGGGGAGACAUGUCCACGGAGUCAGCAACACUGCCAUUAAUUCUCUCCAUCUUUAUGGUUGUGACUGGUCACUUUUGUGUUGGGACAGGGGAAGGGAUCUGGGUAUGGACAAAGCUGAAGGUGAUGAGGAAGAUGAAACAAACAUUAAAGAUGUCUAUUUACUAUGAA